AUGGACGUAGACGAAGACGAUGAUUUCUACGCCCCCGAGGAGCCUACUGUUCCUUCCGCACCGCCAGCACAAGCGCCUCAAGCUGCUGCAGACACCAGAGCCGACCAGCAUGAGGACUUAGAAGAGGGCGAGGAGGAGGAUGAAGGCGGCGCUAUGGACGAGGACGAUGAUGACGACUCAGAUAUCGACAUCAUCACCGAGAGGAAAGACGGGACCAAAGCUGCCCCUCCAUCGACAACGUCAAAUGACGCGACCGUCAAGCCAGCAGCCGUCAAGAGGGAGGAUUCUGCCAAGCCGAGUGGCGGCGCAUCUAGCGCCGACCUCCCAGCCGUUUCCACCUCCAAGAUCGAUAUCAACGCCAUCCCAGUCCACAAAGGCACCGGCAAGCCUAUCACCCAAGUCAACAUUGACGAGGACCUACCAGAGAACGACAAGCCCUGGCGGAAGCCCGGCACCGACAUCAGCGACUACUUCAACUACGGAUUUGACGAGUUCACGUGGGCGCUGUAUGCGGCAAAGCAAGAGGCUAUCCGCGGCGAAUACAACUCCGACAUUGUCGCGCAGAAUAACAAGAAGAUGAUGGAGGAUAUGACCAACAUGAUGAUGAUGGGCGGGAUGCCAGGCAUGUCUAUGCCCGGUAUGCCAGGAGGCGCGUCGGGGUCAACAGGCGCCGGUAAUGCGGCAGCCGGUGGUAUGCCUGCCAUGCCGGGAAUGGAAGGCAUGCCGCCAGAGAUGCAGGCGAUGAUGCAGCAGAUGAUGGCCUCGGGCAUGGAUCCCAGCCAGAUGGACGCAUCGUCCAUGUCUGCCAUGUUCUCCGGCAUGCAGAAUGCUGGAGGAGCCGGCGCUGCUGGCCAGGGAGGCCAAGGCCAGAGUUUUGGCGGUGCCGGGUUCGGCAACAAUCAAGGACAGGGUUAUGGCUAUGAUCAACAAGGCAUGGGCGCUGGGAAUCGCGGCGGCUUCGGAGGAGCCAGAGGCCGCGGCGGUCGGCGCAAUUGGUAG